AGCAGCAACACACACAUCUGGAAAACAUUGAGGAGAGCAAGAGGGUGGAACAGACAAAGACAGAUUUGUCAGAAGAACGGACUAAAACGAAGGUUGAGAGUCAAACAUGGAAAGUAAACUCAGAAUCUGGUGAAAACGAGCAAACGACAACAAAAACAAGGUUUGUUUUACCAGUGGAGAAGAGAAAGAAGGAAGGGAGGCUGUUCUGGUUGGGGUUCAGACGGCAAACUGAGGACAACUGUCAAAGAAAAGCGAGUAAACAAGACGUGGAGGAGUGUGGAUUUAUCACCAGGACCUAACUGAAACUCCUCCAGGAUGUCCGGGUCUCAGAAGUGUUUAUGCUGUGUCAAAUAUUUGAUGUUUGUCUUCAAUCUCAUCUUCUGGCUGGGAGGAUGCGGCUUGUUCGGUGUUGGAGUUUGGCUGUCCUUCACCCAGGCAGAGUUUUCCUCUCUUCCUCUGUCCUUCCCAUCACUCUCAGCUGCCAAUCUGCUGCUGGUCGCUGGUGGUAUCACCAUGGUAACGGGAUUCCUGGGCUGUCUUGGAGCUCUUAAGGAGCAGCGCUGUCUUCUGUGCAUGUUCUUUGUGAUCCUGUUGCUCCUGGUCCUCACGGAAGUCACGUUUGCCGUGGUUAUACACCUCUGCCAUGAGAAGCUGGAUGCAAACGCACAGGCGGAAUUAAAGGAGGGUAUGAAGAUUUAUCAUUCAGAACCUGGACUGAGGAAAUCCUGGGACCAUGUCCAGAAAAUGUUCAAGUGCUGUGGAGUGACCAACAAAACUGACUGGUAUGACGUCCUGAAUGGAACCCUGCCCCUGUCCUGCUGUCCCCUCGGGCUGGACACCUGUACCAACGGAUGGAGUGAGGCGUGCUACGAGAAGGCCAGGAAGUGGCUGCUGGAUAACAUCCCCUCCGUCCUGGUGUUUGGAGUGUGCAUUGGUGUCGUACAGGUCCUGGCCCUGGUUUUCUCCAUGCAGAUGUACUGUCAGAUCCUUCACGCUGAGAAGAACCUGGACUAAUGGACGGUCGCUGGUGCAAAGGCUGGUCACAAACCUCCAGGGGUCCAGAUGUGCAGCGUCACCGUGUUUAGAUCUGAAGUGUCUACAUUCCAGAUGUGUGAGGGGACGGAGGACGGUCCACACCUGCGCUGGAGCUUUGUUUUUAUGUAGUCAACAUGUACGUCUUAAAGCCUCUCUUUGUCGCAAUUCCUCUUCAGACCACACGGGGACACAACAGAACCACUGUGUUGACGAGUGUGUGUGUGUGUGUGGUUUUUUUCUUUCUCUUAUGGGCUCCCCUAAAGUUCAGGUGUGUUAUGACAUUGACAUCAUUGCAAAUGAAUGACUGAACCCACAGACGGCUCCUGGGUUUGUUUAUCAGCUGUAACCAGUACUGGAGUUGAGGGGGGAUGAGGGGGGGUGAGGGGGGAUGGCAUCCCCUCCUGAAAUAAAAACGGUCCAAAUCAUCCCCCCCUGAAAUAAAAACGGUCCAAAUCA